AGCCACGCGAGGCAGCGAGCCCUUCCACCCCACCCCACCCCACCGGUGCCUGCCCGUGCGCACGGCCACGCUCCCCAGAGCCAGAGGCAGAGGCGAGAGAACCAACCCGAGGCCAGGCGGCGAUGGUGUUGGACUCGGAGCUGGUGGAGCGGCUGCGGGAGGUGCUGCGGGAGUCGGACCUCACCACCACCACCACCGGCGCCCUGCGCCGCCGCCUCGAGGAGGACUUCGGCGUCGACCUCUCCGACAAGAAGACCUUCGUCCGGGAGCAGGUCGACCUCCUGCUCUCCGAGUUCGCCGACAAGGCCGAACCGGAGGAUGCGCCCGCGGAGGAGGAGGAUCCGGGGGAGGUGACGCCGGAGGCCGGGGAGGGGGGAGAGGAGAAGGGCGAGGGGGAGGAGGAGGGGGGCGAGCAGCAGGAGGGGGAGGGGGAGGAAGAGGAGGAGGAAGAGGAGGAGGAGGAGGAGGAAGACGAGGAGAGUGGCGGCGGCCGGAAGAAGAAGCGGCGGUUGGGUGACGGCAAGAAAAAGGCUGGUGGUUUUACAAAAUUAUGCAGCAUUUCCCCAGCACUUCAAGAGUUUGUCGGUGCCUCUGAGUGUGCCAGGACAGAGGUUGUCAAGAAGCUUUGGGCAUAUAUUCGAGAAAAUAAUUUGCAAGACCCAAGCAAUAGGAGGAAGAUUCUGUGUGAUGAGAAUCUGAAGAAGAUUUUUAACGUCAAUUCAAUUGAUAUGUUCCAAAUGAAUAAAGCUUUGACCAAGCACAUUUGGCCAUUGGAUUCUGAUGGUCCUGUCUCACCAAAGAAAUCGACACCCAAAGCGAAGCCUCAAAAGAGAGACAGAAGUGAAGCAAACAAGCAAAAAGGAGGAUCCUCUGGGUCUACUUCUGGUCUUCUUGCGCCCCUUGUACUUUCGGAUGAUUUGGCAAAAUUUAUCGGCACCGGUGAGAGUAUGUUGUCACGAUCUGAUGUUGUGAAGAGAAUGUGGGUUUAUAUAAAAGAGAAUAACUUGCAGGAUCCUUCUGACCGGAGGAAAAUAAUCUGCGACGAGAAGCUGAAGGAUCUAUUCCAAGUUGAAUCAUUCACUGGAUUCACUGUGUCGAAGCUGCUGAACCCCCAUUUUACAAAGGCAAAGUAGGGAGGCUGCACCACCCCGGGCCCCUCGGCGGCACCCAUGAGGACGGGUGGUUUUGCUUUUCUUGUUUUGCAGUAAUCUGUAACCGUGGAACAUGUAGGAGUCAUCAUCAGAGAAAUGUGGAACCUUAACUUGUGUGAAUUCCGGUUGGACUUUCCCCCCAUUAUCAAUGGUAGGGUCUUCGGUGUCUA